UGCUAUCAUUUCCAUUUGCCUAAUUAAAUUCUUUUAGCUCGAUCAAAACAUUUUAUGCGAAGUUUGUUAAUUGAAAAUGAAAUUUAUUAAUUGAAAAAUAAAUUUCACAACUCCCAAAAAUUACGUUGUGGAAUUUCAGAAGAUAACAAAGAAACCAAAAGCGUUUGAACUGCGCAUUGGAGCACAACAUGGAGCCAAGCACAGUUUUUCUAGUUUUCCACUUCGGAGCAACGCUGUUUCUACUAACACAGGCGAUACCCUACAGCCCCUGGCUACCGACGCAGCGUCAUGGUCCGCUCUACGAAGGUGUGAAGCUUCUCAUUGCGGAAGCCGAAUUGCAAGCAGAGUUCAUCUGGAAUGAAACCGAAUUUCAGCUUAACGAAUCUGUGGACGCCAUGCAUGAAAUGCAAGCGCUGCUCGCCGCGCCCGAUCAUACAAUUGAAGACCGCCUUCAGUCCAUGCUUGCUGCUGUACGUCCGACCGAUGUCUACGCACACUGCUACCAUCAACACGAACUUGCCAUUGCGACUUUUGACCGAGACCUGCUGGCUAAACGGCGCAGUUGUGAGCGAAUGUUAGAAGUUAAUUUGGCUGCGCUGCAAAAUCAGUCCAACAGUGAGAUCCGUUUUAUACGCAGUGGUGCUGCGGAAGCUCGCAAUGUCCUCGCCGCUUGCAAUGUGUCGGCGUUGAAAGGAGAUAAGAGCGAUAGCGACCCAGCUAUUGUAAUGAUGUGUGUUGUUGGACGAAUUGCCGCGCUUGGGCAACAUCUCUUGGAAGCAUCGGAGAACUUUUUGGAUGAGCUCGCCACUGUGGCGCUAGAAGGCGCUGGUGCAGAACUGGAGCAUGACAGUUGUAAUGAGUUUGAAGAACUGCAUCAGCAAUUCGAGAGUGUUUAUAAAGACAUUAUUGAUUGUAUUGGACGUGGUGGUAUAUAA